AUGCUAGUAGCAAUAUGUGGAUUCUCUUGUUUCAUACUUAGCUUCACGGAUACUUACAAAGGCAACAACGGUACUAUUUGCUACGGAUUUGCGACAUUCAACGGGUUUCGGAUCAUUGAUGGAUCUGCGACGCUUCCUCAAGAACUAUCUAAAAGAUAUAAGCUAAGGUUUAUUGAUUUUGCUCAUGCUUUCAUGUCAUUAUUGGUGUUUGGUGCGGUGGUUUUAUUCCAUCGGAAUGCAGUAAAUUGCUUUUUUCCGGCGCCAUCCGCGGAAGUGUUGGAGGCUCUCACGGCAUUACCGGUAGGUGUAGGAAUGUUUUGUAGUAUGUUGUUUGCAACAUUUCCUACAACACGCAAUGGUAUUGGUUUCCCACUUUCUGCUAAAUAA